AUGGGGGCGAAGAGAGGAUCUCAUCUCAAUCCGGCCCAAAGUAUUCAUUUGAGGAGUAGCGACCCAAUUGAAUUAUCAUCGCUUCGUAAACCAACCAUGAACACGUCUCGUAAGCCAAAUCCUAUACUUCCAGCUCCGGGAGUGAGUUGGAACCCUGUCAUCAAUACUGAAGCUAGUCGCUCGCAACAGCGACGGAAUGAAGAUGUCGCCACAAACCGGAAUCCUCGGGGGGUGGCAUCUGAGAACAGUGGACGUAUGAAGGCAUUUUUACGCUGUAAUGAAACAACUAACAUUGCAACCUACAACGUCAACACACUAAUUGAUGAGGAUAAGAAGUGGGAAUUACAGCAUUGCAGCCAGUUGCAACACAUAGGAAUUCUCGGUGUGCAAGAGCAUCGCAUCAUACACUCUGACCCCAUUGAGUAUACCAAGUUUGACACAAGCACUCUAGUGACUUCAUCUGGAUGGAGAAACAAAUCCCAAGCAGCACAGGGUGGAGUUGGACUCCUCUUAGAUAGGAAAGCUAGAAAAUCUCUACUGAAAAUUGUCUCAUCUAAGAGUGGAAGAAUACUAGUAGCUGAAUUCGAUGGAAAUCCUCGUACAACCAUCAUAGUUAUCUAUGCUCCUACCAACUGCGCAGAGGAUUCUGUCAUCGAGGAAUUCUACACAGAGCUAAGAAACGUACUACAAGAUGUACCAGCCCACAACUUCCUUGCAGUCUUGGGAGAUUUCAAUGCUAGACUGGGACCCGAACAUGUACCUCAUCCAUUUCAUGAGCUAACAAAUAGAAGUGGAAACUAUCUUGCUGAAAUUCUCGUUGAAUUUGGUCUACUAGCAGUAAACACACAAUUUAAGAAGCGCCCUGGAAAACUUCGGACAUUCAAAUGUAGAGCAUCUAACACACUGAGACAACUUGAUUACAUUCUUGUUCGGCAAAAAUGGAGAAAUAGCGUCCAUAACGCAGAAGCGUACAACUCCUUCAGCACAGUGAAGUCCGACCAUAGAAUAGUGUCUGCAAAGAUCAAGCUCAGUCUGAGAACCUCAAAAACAGCCCAGAAAGUCAAAUACGACUGGAAACAGUUCUCCAGCAAUACUGAGCUUCAGCAAAAAUACACAUUCGCUGUUAAGAACAGAUUUCAAAUUCUGAUGGAUGAGAGCAACAGCGAAAGAUACGAAAAGUUCGUAAAAGUCAAUCAAGAAGCAAUGAAAGUAUGUCUCCCUAAAAGAGCUAAAAUCAAGAAAUCACUCAGGUCAUUAGACCUCAGAGUCUCUGAAGCUCGUCAGAAAGCACAAGAAGCCCAGAGGCAGUAUGAGUCAUCCAAAACUGACGAAGACAAAGAUCUCUGGUCUGUAGCAGUAAAUAACCUUUAUCAAGCAUAUUAG